AUGGUGAAUAUACCUCAGCAUCAACAAUUCAGUUUACUUAGAGUACAAUCUGGAUGUAUAGAAAAUAUUGGGUGCACUCAAAGAGAUUUGUAUAAUCAUGCAAGGGAUAUCAGUGCUGAUUUGAAGGGGCAUGAUGAUGAAAUGUUUUAUGAGUAUUUAAAAUUGGAACAAGGAAAGAAUCCCUCAUUUACUUUUCAAAUUGAGGCCGAUGAGGAACAAAAGAUUACUCAUUGUUUUUGGUCCGAUGCAAGAUCAGGGCGGGCUUACAAAUUUUUCGGUGAUGUUGUAAUCUUUGAUACUACUUAUAAUACUAAUCGCUAUGGCCUUAUAUUUACACCAAUAAUGGGGGUUAACAAUCAUGGUCAAACAAUUGUUUUUGCUUGUGGAUUUUUAAAUCAUGAGAGCGUUGAUGAUUUUGUAUGGUUAUUUAAUCAGUUUUUGGCAAGUAUGCCUGGUGGUGCCACGAAGAUGAUUAUUACCGAUCAAGAUCCAUCUAUGACUAAGGCAUUCCCUCUUGUUCUUCCAAAUACUUUUCACAGGUAUUGUAGUUGGCAUAUAUUAAUGAAGUUUUCUGAGAAAAUUAAUGCAGUGAAGUAUAGUAUUUACAAAAACAUGUCAAGUAGCCAACGAGCAGAAAGUGGACAUGCAUUCUUCAAGAAAUUUGUUUCGAAGAAUAAUUCAUUGGUGGAUUUUAUGAUACAGUUUGGCAGGGGACUAGUACGCCAACGUCACGAGGAGUUGAUGGCCGAUCACAAAGACUUGAUUGAGAAACCUAAGCUUAGAAUAAAUCAUGACUUUUUGGAGCAAAUGGUUGAUAUUUACACUAAUGAGAUGUAUUACAAGUUUGAGGCUGAAGUGUGUGACAGCUUUAACUACAAGUUUUGUAAAAAGUUUGAAAGCGCCGGAAUCAUAUGUACUCACAUUAUCUCCUACUUGAUGAAAUUUGAUGCUGAAAUAUUACCCGAUAAAUACAUCUUAAUGAUGAAAUUUGAUGCUGAAAUAUUACCCGAUAAAUACAUCUUAAAGAGGUGGACUAAGUCUGCAAAAUUGGGGACAAUGGUUGAUGAUAAAGAAACGAGGAAGAUGUUUACCGAUGGAGUGCGUAUCAUUAAUGAGCAAAUCGACCAAUUCAUUAGUAGCCACAUGGACAAGUUAUCUUUUGCAUGUUGUAAAGGAAGAGUCAAUGUUGCUGUUGGUCACCCUAUUCCUGAGAAUUUUGAAGAGCAAAUGAAGCUGGCUACGGCUGCGGCUAAAGCCAUCAUGUUUAUGUAUGUUUAA